CUAGAAAUGUUUCUGGGCUGAAAUAAUCCUCUUCAGCUCCCAGUGCACAGUCAAGGAAUUUUAAAACAGAGGACUUUGGGACCACAAAAUGCUCGCCGAGAUUUAAAGGCCCAGGGAGCUCAAGAUAAAUAACUAUUUCUCCUUCUUGAGGAAUUCCUCCAGUUGUCAGUUCAUCCCGCACGUAGCCUCCCACCCAUUCCCCACCCCAGGCCACCUCAAGCCAAGGGAACAGUGGACAUGUGCUUCUGGACAAACCUCUCAGUGCUGGUGGUGCUACUGUCCUACCCCCUCAGCCUUGUUUCCUCUGCGGAGACUGACAAAGUCCGCCCUCAGGAUAGCAGCCACGCUGGGGGCCAAGGCCUGCUCCAAGUCCUGAGUGUCCUUUCUGCUGGUGACCGCCGGUCCCUCGAUCAUCCACAAAGCCUCAUCAAAAUCCUGUUCGAGAGGACUGGGUGUCCACAGAGAACAAAUGGAAUGCAAGAAGAUUGCAAGCUGUGUCUGGAGCCAGAUGCUCUGUUACUCACAGCUGGUGGAGAUUUGGAGGAUGAGCUUAGAGAGGAGGUGGUCGAGAGAGUUUCCCUCCUCCUCCUCUAUUACAUCAUUCACCAGGAAGAGAUCUGUUCCUCAAAGCUCAACAUGAGCAACAGAGAGUAUGCAUUUUACCUGCAUAGCCUCCUCGGCCUCAGGCAGGAUGAAGACUCCUACUUUCUUUCACAGAACGAGACUGAUGACAUCUUGGCUUUUACCAGGAAGUACUUUGGCACAUCUGGUAGCCAGUGUAUGGAGACAAAGGUGCUACAGAGGAAAUCUGGCAUCCAGGGCAGCCAUGGUGCUGAUGAAAAGACGCUUCCUCAGCUGGCCGCAACCAUCAUUGCUCUGUCACUCCAAGGGCUUUGUCUGGGGAGAAGAGAUGUGCCGUCCCCAGAUGACUUUACAGAGUACACUUUCAGUUUUUUCAACAGUACCAGUGCCCUCCACCUAUCUGAACUAGAGCAACUUCUGAACAUACUCUCUACCAGAAGGGUCUGUGCCAAAAAGGAUAUCCUCCAUCAACACCAAACGAAACAAACUAUGACAGUACGUGGCGCGGGAGACCUUCAGACACCUACUGCAAUGGACAAAGAGUACAGUGAGCAUUCUGUUUCCUGGGAUCAGGCUUGCUUUUCCGCUAGGCAGUUGGCGCAGAUAUUCCUACAGAACCGUAGUACUUCGUUCAUUUCUAAGGAGGACUUUAAGCAGCUAAGUCCAGGGAUCAUCCAGCAACUACUCAGCUGCUCUUGCCAAAUGCCCAAGGACCAGCAAGCAAAACCCUUCCCCACCACUCUGGAGAAAUACGGCUACAGCACAGUGGCUGUGACACUCCUGACACUGGGCUCCAUGUUCGGGACAGCGCUGGUCCUUUUCCACAGCUGUGAGGAGAACUACAAUCUUAUUUUACAGCUGUUCGUGGGCUUGGCUGUGGGGACGCUCUCUGGGGAUGCCCUGCUGCACCUCAUCCCUCAGGUUCUUGGUUUGCAUAAGCAGGAAGCAGAGCUUGGGCAUUCUCAUGAAAGCCAAGGUCUUAUUUGGAAGCUGUUGGGACUACUUGGAGGCAUCCAUGGAUUUUUCUUGAUAGAAAAAUGUUUUAUCCUUCUUGUAUCACCAAAUGCCAAGAGCCUGCCAUUGCCUAAUGGCCAUGUGGGGCAUGACCACCGCCUUGCACUCAACCCUGAAUCAAAUGACCACUCAGGAGGAGACAAAUCUAUAUCAGCCAUCCAGCUGAAAGGCCCAGAAGAUUCACAGCCAGCUGAGCCACCCAUAGGUGAUGUACCAGUCUCCAAAAGAAACUGCAAAACCAUCAGCUUAUUGGCAAUUAUGAUACUGGUUGGAGAUAGCCUACAUAAUUUUGCAGAUGGCCUAGUAAUAGGGACAGCCUUCUCAUCGUCAUUGGAGUCAGGAGUGACCACAACAAUUGCUAUUUUGUGCCAUGAAAUUCCACAUGAGAUGGGAGACUUUGCAGUACUCUUAAGCUCUGGACUCUCCACCAGGACUGCCAUCCUGAUGAAUUUUAUAAGUGCCCUGACGGCCUUUGUAGGACUAUACAUUGGUCUCUCAGUGUCUACUGAUCCACGUGUCCAAGACUGGAUUUUAACAGUGACUGCUGGGAUGUUCUUAUAUUUAUCCUUGGUGGGGAUGCUAGUACAACAUGCUGACCCAGGAGAAUCAAGCUCCUCUUCAGCAGUGAGACGAAUAAACAUCUUGGGAACCCUAAAAGAUACUGCAGAAUAUCUAUGUCUUCCAGUAAAAAUCAGCACACAUCUGUUCUAGUCAAGAAGAACUGGAAACAAAAGGCAAAGUUCCCAAAUCAAUAAGCACUUCCAGUCCUCCAACAUUGAGUUCUGCCUGCUCGUCUGCCUGGGUCUCUACUGAGAUGAACACAACUACAUGGAUCUCUUUCUGAUUAUCUAGGGACCUUGAAAAAUUACUGUCCUCUGUCAACCUAACUGCAGUUUAGAAUGAUGCCAUCUCUACUCCCACUGAGAGUGUUCCAUCACCUUGAUUUGUCCCUCUUCUGGGUAUUUCUCAAAUCUUCCUGGUUCUCAUUUUGCAAGAGCUGUACCUUCUUCUAGUGUCCCAGGAACCAUACUCCAAAGAGUAGAGUGUGCAUUUCUGUUACAUAAUUACCCAGAAUAAAGCACGUGUUAUCUUCCAGUCGCCUGAGUCCAGAGGUCCCGGUCCUGUGAUGGAAUGUGCUCAUGUCAUUAGGACAGUCCUUUCCCUUUCCAUGUGAAUAACCUGUAACUUGUGGAAAGUGUUUUUGUGUUCAGAGUCUGUUAUUUUGAUCCAUCUGAUAAAAAGCUCGCUAUCACUUGAACACACAGCUUGGGGCCCUGCUUCACUUUUCAAGUACAGUAUAUUCUUAAACACAAGUGAGAUGAGGAACAUACUGCACAUCCCCCGGGGACUAUUUAAA